AUUCUCUGCAAUAAUACAAAAACAGUGGGGAAAAAUAAUCUACUUCCGGAUUGGCCUACAAAAAUAGGCUACGUCAUCCCGUCAUCAUCCCUGCAGCACUCGGAGUGACACAUCCGUCCAGUGUGGACGAUCUUGGGUCACACACACCCAGCCUCAGCACCAGCUCAUCCUUCUUCUCCACCGGGUUUGUUCCCAGCAACCUUUUCAAGACACCGUGAGAGGGAUGAGGCCUUCGUGAUCCGGACACACACACACACACACACACCGCUGGACCUGGUUCUCCUGCUCCCGGUUCGGUAUGUCUGUGAGCCUGCUCCCCCUCUCGCCAUGCCCGCUGCUGAACGCCACCUGCCGCCGCCGCUGCUCCUCUUUCUCCCGUCGCUGCUUCUGAUCUCCUGCCUGGAUGGGGCGGUGAGAGGAGCGGAGGAGGAGGGCGGCGGCCUGCCCUCCUCCUCCUCCUCGCCCGGGGACAAUGGCCUCACCGUCGCGCUCGGAGACCCGUCCAGCACCGACCCGACCGCUCCCGGGAGAUCCAUCAGCCCGUCGGCUCUGAUCGCAGAGUCCCAGUUCGCCCUGAAGGUCCUGGUGAGGGACAUGGUGACCCGCCAGCCGCUGCCGGGCUCCACGGUGGACGUCUACGUGAACCACAGUCUGACGAGCUCGACCCAGACGGGAGCGAGAGGCGAGGUCCUGCUCCGGGUGGCGUACAGUCCACGUCUCAGUCUGACUCUGCUGGGGCACAUGCAGGGCUACGUCCCCAGCCCGCUGCCCUGGAGCACCACCAAGAGACCCAUUUUCUCGGCUGUGACGUUGCUGCUGCUCCCUCACAGUCAGGGGAACAUCUGGCUGUUUGAAGACUCGGUGCUCAUCACCGGGAAGCUACCUGACAGCGCAUCCCAACCCAAGGUGAAGUUCCCCAAGAACCUCCUCACCAUGUCUGACAAGAGCAACGUCUCCGCGGUGACAGCGUACCUGACCGUACCACAGCACCACCUAGCCAAAGACUGCAGCAACUGCACUCCGGGCGUCAUCGUCAGCAAAUCAGUGUUCAGAAGCGUGGAGCUGAAGCCGGUGGCGGCCGUCAACGUCCUGCUGUAUUCUGGCUGGGAGGAGCUCCAGGUUCGAGGGCCCAUUCAGAUCAGCCUGCCCCUGGGACACAACACACGCCUCAGGGCCGCUGAUACCGUACCAGCCUGGGCCUUCAACCUAAAGACUGGUGCCUGGGAGAAUCAGGGUCUGGGAAUAGUGAAAAAAUUUGGUAAAGAGCUGGUUUGGACGUACACGGCUUCUCAUCUGGGCUCCUGGAUCGCUGCACCCCUUCCCUCAUCAUACGAUUUCCUGGGACAUGAAAGCUCUUUGGAUUUCUUAUCGUACCACACGUACCUGCUGGUGGGAAUUUUCGGAGCAACGCUGGCUAUCGUGAUUGGAUUUCUUUCCUUGCUGCUGUGUCACUGCCGAAGUUGUAAUCGAGAGCCGAGGAGAAGGAGGCGAGCACGCUUUUCCAAACUCACGGUGGUGAAGAAAGACCAGACCACCUCAACCCACAUGGAGGAGGGUCUGUUGUUCCGGUCUGGCGAAAACAGCCUUGCUUCCUGCAGUGUCCAGUGUGAACCCUCCACGCCGAGGCACAAGGCCAACUACAACAUCUAUGUGGAGGAUCCAGGGAGUCACCCGGCGGGUUCUUUUUAUGAGAACAUUGCUCCGGAUCGAAUCAAAGGUCCCCAGCUGUCUCACUACAUCAACAGCGAAGAGGUGGCUCGUCUUCGGGAGAAGUCAGAGCAGAACAACAUGAACUCUGACAACUUCUUUCAAGACAAGCUGGUCCAUCUCUACAACCAGCCGGUGGCUAUCAUUCAGGCGCCAGAGCUUUUCAGUGCUCAGGAGCAGCAGCUGUCCGGCUGCAAGUCUGCUACUUUCCCCCGCAACGGAGUGGAGUAUGAUCCUCACUCUGAGCCUGCAAGUAAAGACAGCUACACCCAGACACUACCCAAAGUCCCUCACCACCACUCCCAAGGAGGAAGCAGCCCACAGCCAAACAGCCAAGAUGAGCCCCAGCCUCUGGAAACUCCUCCGCAAGGCCAAGGUCCUAACGCCGGAGUGUGGGGACGCUACAGUAACCUCCUGGAAUCCUCGGUCUCUGUGCCUGGGACUCUUAACGAGGCGGCUGGGAUGCAGGCCUUCAACAGCGGGCAAGGCUUACCCAGCGAGCUGCAAGGGAUUUCAGAGCGUACCCUACUGGAACUGACCCGGGGCAAGCCCUUGUCAUCCCACCCCAGAGCCUGGUUUGUCUCCUUGGAUGGGAAACCAGCCGCCCAAGUUCGUCACUCUAUUAUUGAGCUCCAGAGUCGCCACCGCCCGCCAAGCAGCAACGACACCAGCCUGGACUCUGGAGUGGACAUGAACGAGCCACUGCAGAAUAUCCGUGAGACGGAGCGUGACAGGCCAUCGAUCAGGGCCUCGUCCCUGCCCCACCACAGCCGAGGAGGGCGUUACGGCGAAGAGCAGGACCUGAGCAGUAGUGAGAGUGGCACCACGGCCACCUGUACACCAGAGGACCCUUCCCUGAGGAACAUCUUAGACGGGAGCAGUGGGGCUAUUCCCAACAUUCCCGAAGAGCGAGACGGGAUGGAUACAUCCAGCGCUCAGGAGGACAGCGAGUCGAGAGGAACGCCGCCCCCACGCCGUCUGAGGAAGGUGAGGGAGAAGGGGAAGACGGAAAAGAGGAGUGCCAAGCAUGUCCGCGAGGGUAGACCUCUGACCAAGCGAAGUUAGAGCAUGGCUCAUUGCAAAUUCCCAGCAUUUUUUCAUUAAUGUCCCAUUAACCUUUUAUUGAGCUGUUUCAUCACAUGGUGUCACAUCAGUGCUGAGCGACCUGGAUUUGUUUUGACCACUUGUGCUCACACAGGCAUUGUUGUUGUUGAGUUCUGUGAUUGUACAACUUUGCCAAAGAACGCGUAAGCUAGCUCAAGAAAUAAAGCAGGAUCUAUGUCAUGUCCAAGCAUUAUGUAGCUGCUGUUAGACAAGUACGUGCACCAUGUUCUCUCAUUUUUCCAGAAUCUGAAGAUCACCAGCGAGAUUCUUCACAGCAAAAUGUCCGUGUGAACACGAUAUCUCAUCGUCCCCAGUACUGGCAUUAAAGAGGGUGCCUUCUUACUGCCUGUAAUCGUUAAAUGAUUACAAAAGACGUGGUAGUUGUUGAUACUUAGUUAAAUCCGGUGAGAUUGCAGGAUGGACACAGAUACAGGUCUAUGUGUAGUGCACUUAACCUCACCGAAAAUGCCUGCUGUAAAUUAAAUAAGAUAUAGAAGCUUUCCCAGUUUGCAGUCCUGACAUCUUGUUUGCCUCAUUUAACUUAAAAAGAGACUCUGGGGUUCAUGAAAACACUCAGUUAUGUUAUCAUUGGUAUCAGCUUUUCAGACAAUUGUAAGGUUUUAACUCAUGACACGAAAUACUCCUUUAUAUCGGAGUGAUAAUCACAGAUGUACAGUGUAAAGCUAAGCUGCCAUUUUGAAGUUAUCGCACCUGAUAUUCAAGGUUUGAAGCCUACGAUUAUGUUAGAAUGCAUGAAAAUGAAUGUUUCCUUGUGUGUAUGAAAAUAUUUUGUGUUUUACUGUAGAGCUAACAUUACAUCAUUGUAGCAGUUAGAUUACUCUGUGACUGAAUGAUUCGUUUCAUUGUCUCAUCUUGAAUGAAGACUCAGUGUCGUGCUGCCAACUGUAACUACUAUUACAGGACUUCUCUACUAUGAUCACGGGUGAAUCCAAUUUUAAAUUCCACACUUAGACUCACCGCUGAAACAUGUCAAAGUUUUCUUUUAUGGGAUUCAUUAGUGUGACUGGUGAGUGUGGGACAAUAGUUUCUGAUUGGUUGGAAGGUUGCAGGUAAUAAUUUGAAAGCCAAUCUUCUGCUUAGCCCUACAAGUUAUCCAUUAUUAUUAUUUUCUUGUUUUAAUAACAUGCAGCACUAUUUCCUGUAGGUUUUUCUUUUCUUUACAACAUGAAUUUGGUGCCUUGGAGUUUUUCUUUCACAACCAAAUGAGAAAAUAUAUUAAUUCCUGGUCAACGUGACCAUGGGAUUACUUCCUUUAAACUGGGAGAUAUGACCGAAGAGAGAAAUAUAGUUUUAAACAGAUGUUCAAUUUAAAGUUUUAAUGUUAAUGGUGCUGAACAUACGGCCUACAGAGUGGUUUUGGUUUUUGGGAUGGCAAGUCAGUUAGCAAUUGGCCCAGACUGAAGUAUCUCAACAACUGUUUGAUGGAUUGCCAUCAAAUUUCUUACAUUCAUGGUUCCCACUGGAUGAACCCUUCUGACUUUGCUGAUAUUUGUUGCCUCUAACGCCACCAUGAGGUUGACAUUUGUGAUUUUGUAUGAACUGUUUCAAUUAGAUGGAUUGCCCGUACUAACUUUGGUGAUUCAGAGACUUUUCACAAACCACCAUCAAUAGACCAAAAUUUCUAUUUUUGACAAAAUAUGUACAAAACUACAUUCCUGUUAGCCUCAGCCGUGGUGUUUAGUGCGAAUUAAUGUUAGCAUGCUAACAUGCUUAACUACGAUGGUGAACAAUGUCAACUUUGUUAGGCAUAUACCUGCUUAACAUCACCGUUGACAUUGUGAGUUUGUAAGGAUUCUGGCAUUAGCGUUAGCACUACUGCACAGCCUUGUUUAGCCGUUAGCAUAGGCGUUGACCAGGGCUGUCCAAAGUGUGGCCCACGGGCCACCAUUACGUUCAAUUUAAUACACCGGAUGUUUCUAUGCUUGAAUAAAACAUUUAAUUAAUUACAAAUAAUUCUACUAUAGCUCACUGUUCAUGCCGUUUUAAUUUUGUCGUGAGGUAAAAUUCUCUUAAAAUAUGUAGGAUCCCUAAUUAUCAUUUACUUUUCAUAGUAAGUGCACAGUCAAGUUAAGGAAAAAAAACCUUUUGCCUUGUUUAGGUUUGACCAUUUUUCAACAAAUAUGUACACAUAAGUAUUUUACCGAGGUGAAAUUUAAAACAACAAAGUCGCAUGUAUGCCUGCGUUUCAUAUCUGUCCUCUACUAAUUGACAUGGCAGCUUUUGUCUCAAGUCAAACAAAGCACACCACACUUUAAUAUGAGCCCACUUGUUACACCGGCACACAGCAUUCCCAGACACAUAUUGACUUUUCAGUGUGUAAAUAGUACAACAAAAAAGACAACAACACAACAAUACUGAUGUCGUUAUUCACUCAUGAUAAGGUUUGGCAAAACACUCACCAUGAAUACCAGAAAGUGGUUCAACUAGCAAUAUUUACCAUAAAUUCAAAUUUUAAAAGGAACUUUGCAGCCACAGUUUUGCCAUAUUUAGUCUUCCGUAUUGGUACUAAUGUAAAUUUUUCACUUCAUUUUGUAAGUAUAAGGCUGGAUUCUGUAGCUACAUCCAUGUGUUCUUUUGUAUGUAUAUAGUAAAGCAACAUUUUAUGUAUUACAUGGCUGUGAUUUAACUUAUUUUGUGCUGUUUUUCUCAUCUCAAAGCGAGAGGUCUGAGAGGUGUGUUCAGUGAAUGGCUGAAUGACGAGACGAGAUAUGAGAAAUGUUAUUGAUAGUCAUUUUUUUAAGGUUUAGCGUAAGAGGGUGUCUUUUCAAAAGGGAGUGUACAAGCCUGAGCUUUGUGAUUUUUAAAUGUAGCGACAAUUUGAGCACUUAAUCAUUCAGUAUGCUUACGAAUGAAAACACUUUCUCCUGCUAGUCAUCGGCUUGAAAGUACAGUAUAUCCCAGCUUACACGGCGACGCGUGGAGUAGUUUGUGAACACUUUGUGCUGAUACUUCUUGAAAUCGAACCUACUGCCACUCCCGUUUUAAAGUGUUCUCACUGAAUGUAUUUGUAUUGAUUUCAAUGUGUUCUAUAGUGUGCUCCUCCUGUGUCCAGCCAUCGAACCUCAUGGGCUUUUGUUUCUUCCAAAAUGGGCACCUUUUGUGUUUACCUCUGUAAUGAUAGUAGUGUAAUUAGUCUUGCCUUUUUGUGCACUAAAUUAAUAAACUUACUUGAUACCAA